AUGCUGACAAAAGUCGACGUUAUAUAUCCUAAGCCCGAUCGGACUGUGCUGUUCAGCACCGCGCAUCGCAUCUACAACAGUCAGUACAUCUUGCAAGUCCCUGUUGGUUUUGACUCACAGCGUACAGAACUCUUUGAUACCAUCCACCUAUACCUCAUCAUGUCUGGCGCCAACGCUAUCGUCCUCUACCCUCGCAAGGAGGGCUCCACCUUUGACAAGGAGUACUACCUCAAGACACACAUGCCGCUCGCCAUGAAGAACUGGAAAGACCACGGUCUCAAGUCCUACGCCGUCAGUGAGCUCAACGCCGAUGGUCCAUACGCCAUCAGCACCGUCAUGGAGUUUGACAGCCCUGAGAGUGUUGGAAAGGCCUUGCAAAGUGAGGGCACCAAGGAGGUCAUGGAGGACGUAAAGAACUUCAGCAGCGAGACACCGAUUCUCGUUCACGGCAAUGUCGUCGGACGGAGUUAG